GCGCACUUUACCGGCGUCCGUAGUGAACGCAGCGGCGACUCAUGAUUCACACGGAGCGGACUCUUCUCCCUCCAGCAGCCGUUUGAAACACAUCGUCCACCGGGUCAACACGAGCCGAAAAAUGUUGGGUCUCAGCGGGUUGUCGGUGGCUCUUGCUCUCGCGCUGGUGCCGGGUCCCGCCGAAGCCCUGAAGGAAGGAGAGUGUGAAGUGUGCGUCACCUUCCUCGGGAAGUUCUACCAGUCGCUCAAGGACAACGACGUGAAGUUCAACAGCGCGGACAUCGAGAAGGCCCUCAUGAAGACCUGCAGGGACGUGAAAGGCAAAGAAAACCGCUUUUGUUACUACAUCGGGGCAACGAGCGACGCGGCCACCAAGAUAAUCAACGAGGUCUCCAAGCCGCUCAGCUACCACGCCCCCGUGGAGAAGAUCUGCGAGAAACUCAAGAAGAAGGACAGUCAGAUCUGCGAACUGAAAUAUGACAAACAGCUGGACCUGACCACGGUGGACCUGAAAAAGCUCAAGGUGAAGGACCUGAAGAAGAUCCUGGAGGAGUGGGGCGAGUCCUGUAAAGGGUGCGCCGAGAAGUCCGACUUCAUCCGCAAAAUCACUGAGCUCAUGCCCCAGUACGCCCCAGCGGCCGCCAAAGUACGGACAGAUCUGUAACACGCCAAAAACAAAACGCAAACGGCCACACACAACUUUGGACUUUAUUUGGACCAGACUGCUGUCCAGUGAGGAGGACCAGGAGCGGAUUUCUGUCUGUCUCUGUAUUUUUUUUUUUUGGAGAAUGUACACUCAUCUGUUAAGCCUACACAGAUAAGACACACACACAGUUAACGAUACUAUAACACACUAUACGUUCAAAUCAAGCAUGAGGGGAACGAACAGGCACGGAAUUCAAGGUUGAAGAUGGAAGUCAAAGCACAUGAGCAGUGAUUAAAAGGGAAAAUUUGAGGUUUUUUUCUGCUUUAUGCAUUCAUACAUCACAGGAAGUGGCCACACGGGGAACAUUUGACUUUGUUCUCCAUCGGCGUUGACACCGUCCAGUCGAAGGAUCUGAGAUGAUGCUCGAACGCACCACAGCGUGGCUCACUGCGCUGCCCGGGAUUUCACAGUCCAUCCAGGAUUUAAAUCCUUCUCCCGACCUCACCCAGCUCUGCUCUCUCAGAUCUUAACACCAGGAUGCUUUUUUGGAAAGUCGUCUGUGUUUUGUUUCCUGUAAAUUUGCUCAACAUAACUUUAAUUGCCAUGACGUUCUCGUGGAGGAGGAUGAGAUCAGCAACCGACUAAAUCGUUUGACAUUUUGGAAAAUUAGAUUAGAGGAUCUGAACAAAAUUUAAAACCACAUUUGUUUUUAAUCUGAAAAAGGGUAUAAAAAAAAAAUGUCGGUGAACCAGCAAACGUUACUUCCCACAGUGUCAAACCUUCGCUUCAUGACCGGAGUUUAAGGACCAGUGUGUUCUGUGUAGGAUUAAGGAGGAUUUAUUGGCAGAGAUUGAAUAUAAUCUUCAAAAUGAUGCUUUCAUAUGUGUAUAAUCACCUGACUCCCUAAGAAUUUCCGUUACCUCAUGUUAAGCUCAUGUUCCACCAUGUUUCUACAGGAGCCCAGAGCGGACAAACCAAACUCUGGCUCCUUUUGUGCUUUUACGAAAGGCAUAUGUAGGUUCUCCUACACAGGGGAGGGGUGAGGUGUGGGGGUAUUACGUUUUGUUGUAAUAUGCAACCUCACCACUAGGUGCCACUAAAUCCCACACGCGGGGCCAAUGACCACUGGCCUUUUGAGACAUUCAGAUCUUCCCUUUUAACCUCCGCUGUCGUCCUUCUGUUAACAGAGUCACCCAUAAUCUGACGCCAAGUCUCAGUCAAACAAAUGUGCACUUAUUAAAAAAUUGAAAUACAGCUACUUGUCAAAAAGCAUUUGCCUCUAAUCCCUGAAAUCCAACAUGUAACCAGUGACACAAUCAGCAGUGAGACAUUAAAUCCAUGUUCCAUUGUUGGUUUGAAGAAAAAGUUUGAAACAACAGUGGACGACAGGACAACAUUAAACCACUGAAUCAGAUCUAACUGAUCUCAGGACGUCCCAGGACGGUUUAGCACCAAACACACUGUGGGAGCGUGGGCGACUUCUGUUAAAGUACACUCAGUUCAUCUUCGACUCAGGAAGUCACAGCAGUCCUUCCACUGUCAGCCAAGUUAGAAAUAUUUAGGUUAGAUAUUUAUUGAGGAUUUUCUUUUUCUUUUUUUUAAACAGAUUUACAUUUUUUCAUGGACGCACAUCUUUCAUUUCUAAUACGUGAUUUUUGUUGUCAUGCUUUGUUUUUGGGGAAUGGUUUUUGUUUAAUUUAGUUGGGACUGUUGUAAGAUCAGUCAGUUUCUGUGCUGCAGCUGUUUAAGUGUAGUGAACAUUGAACCUGGUGGAAUACUGUAACCCUCAGCUGCGAUCCAGUCUAGAAAUGGAUCACGUAAAAACAUGAAAAUUAACGGGGGGGGUGAACAUUUGAUCCUUCUCACAGUCAUCAAUUUCAGCCGUGUAAGAAUAUUCAUGUACCUGAUCAUGGGGAAACAACUUCACAUGUUGCUGUGACGGGUGAAGCUGAUCCGGCCUCCAUCGCUGGCUCCCAAACCCCCCGGGACACGUGUGUUUCAGGACAGAUGAACACUUUAAUGUUUUAAUGUAAGCUUGUACUCAAGAAAGAAAACUUAAAAUAUGCUGUUGUUCCACUUUGCAGUCGGUUGUUACAACUGUAUUAUUCUACUUUUUCAUUAAAAUUUGAAAAACUCCA